UACUGUGUCCGCAAUCUGGUCAUCCCCUGUACUGUGUCCGCAGUCUCUGGUCAUCUCCUGUACUGUGUCCGCAGUCUCUGGUCAUCUCCUGUACUGUGUCCGCAGUCUCUGGUCAUUCCCUGUACUGUGUCCGCAGUCUCUGGUCAUCCACUGUACUGUGUCCGCAGUCUCUGGUCAUCCCGAGUACUGUGUCCCGCAGUCUCUGGUCAUCCCCUGUACUGUGUCCGCAGUCUCUGGUCAUCUCCUGUACUGUGUCCGCAGUCUCUGGUCAUCAGUCCUGUACUGUGUCCGCAA